GGCCCCUGCACCCCGGCGCGCCCGGUCCCGCUCUGGGGGGGUUGGUGGCUUCGCUUUGCCAUGAGUUUACCGCAGAAACCGGCUCUGAAAUCAGGCUCAGCGGCUGCAGCAGGAACCGGACCCGGCACCGGAGCGGCGGCGGCGGCGGCGGCGGCAGCAGCAGCGGCAGCAGCGGUACCGCCUCCUCACCCGGCGGCGGCAGCAGCGGCGGCGGCGGCGGCGGCAGCAGCGGCCCCUCCUCACCCGAACAUCAGGGCCCUCCAGACCCAGGCGCCCCAACAAAUUCCUAGAGGACCUGUGCCACAGCCUCUUGAGGACCGAAUCUUCACUCCUACUGUCUCAGCAGUCUACAGCACGGUAACACAAGUAGCAAGACAGCCGGGACCCCCAACCCCUUCCCCUUAUUCAGCACAUGAAAUAAACAAGGGGCAUCCAAAUCUUGCGGCAACGCCCCCGGGACAUGCAUCGUCCCCUGGACUCUCUCAAACCCCUUAUCCCUCUGGACAGAAUGCAGGUCCAACCACGUUGGUAUACCCUCAAGCCCCUCAGACAAUGAAUUCACAACCUCAAACCCGUUCUCCGCCCAGCAGAACAGUGCCAAUACAUUGCACAGACAACUGGAAGAGGAGGAAGGUUUUGGAACAGACUCCCGUUUACAGGUCCUUGGCUGGAAGAGGCUGGAUAAAAUACUGCAUUUUUGCAGCGGGGCCUCGACCUGCCCAUCAUCAGUUUUUCCAGAGGCCUCAAAUUCAGCCUCCUCGAGCCACCAUCCCAAACAGCAGUCCUUCCAUUCGUCCUGGUGCACAGACACCCACUGCAGUGUACCAGACCAAUCAGCACAUCAUGAUGGUUAACCAUCUGCCUAUGCCGUACCCAGUACCCCAGGGGCCUCAGUACUGCAUACCACAGUACCGUCAUAGUGGYCCCCCUUAUGUUGGGCCUCCACAACAAUAUCCAGUUCAGCCACCGGGACCGGGUCCCUUUUAUCCUGGACCAGGACCUGGGGACUUCCCUAAUGCUUAUGGAACGCCUUUUUAUCCAAGUCAGCCAGUUUAUCAGUCAGCACCUAUCAUAGUGCCUACACAGCAACAGCCCCCUCCAGCCAAGAGAGAGAAAAAAACUAUAAGAAUUCGAGAUCCAAACCAGGGAGGUAAAGACAUAACCGAAGAGAUUAUGUCUGGAGGUGGAAGCAGAAAUCCUACUCCACCUAUAGGGAGACCCACUUCCACACCCACUCCUCCUCAGCAGCUGCCCAGCCAAGUCCCUGAGCACAGCCCUGUGGUUUAUGGGACUGUGGACAACGCUCAUCUUGCUGCCAGCACCCCUGUCACUGCAGCUAGUGACCAGAAGCAAGAAGAGAAGCCAAAACCAGAUCCAGUGUUAAAGUCUCCUUCCCCAGUCCUUAGGCUAGUCCUUAGUGGGGAGAAGAAAGAACAUGCAGGCCAGACAGCUGAGGCUACCACCAUAGAAUCCAUACCAGAGCAUCCUCUGCCUCCAUCACCUACCACCGUUUCKUCAGUUGCUCAAAGUACAGUUGCUUCCCCCACUUCCGCUGCUCUUGGUAGCCAACCAAUAUUCACCACUUCUUUAGAUGACAGAUGUGAACUCUCUUCCUCAAAAGAAGAUACAGUUCCCACACCCAGCCCUAUAUCCUGCACAGAAACAUCAGACCCUUCACCAACAGAUGAAAUUGACAGUAAUAUAUGCAAGAAACCCUGUAGUGUAGCAUCUAAUGAUAUGCCACUGAUUUCUAGUGCUAACCUAAUUAAUGAGAUGAAUGGAAUUAGUGAAAAAUUACCAGCCACAGAAAGCAUUGUGGAAAUAGUAAAACAGGAAGUAUUGCCAUUGACUCUUGAAUUGGAGAUUCUGGAAAAUCCCCCAGAAGAAAUGAAAGUGGAGUGUAUUUCAGCUCCCAUCACCCCUUCCACAGUUCCUUCCUUUUCUCCAGCUCCUCCAACUCCUCCAGCUUCUCCCCCUCCACUUCCAGUCAUUGUUCCUGCUGCUGCCUCUACUGUGACUACUCAAAGUGCUCCCACUGCAGUACAGAAAGUCUUCGAAGAGGAAGAAAGUGUAAGAACUUGUCCUAGUGAAGAUUCAAAAGAAAUUCAAAACAAAGUAGAGGUAGAAGCAGAUGGGCAAACAGAAGAGAAUACAGAUUCUCAGAACUUAAAUUCAAGAAAGAGUCCUACCCCAGCUCAAACAGUCAUGACUACACCAAAGACAUGGAAGAAACCAAAAGAUCGGACCCGAACCACUGAUGAGUUGUUGGAGGCAGAAUUGGAGCCUAAAGCUGAAGAGCUUUCAAUUGACAGAGUACUUGAAUCUGAACAAGAAAAAAUGAGCCAAGGGUUUCAUCCUGAGAAAGACCCCUCUGACCUAAAAAAAGUGAAAGGUUUAGAAGAAAAUGGAGAAGAAGCUGAGCCUUUGCGUAAUGGUGCUGAGAGUGUUUCUGAGGGUGAAGGAGUAGAUGCUAAUUCAGGCUCCACCGAUAGUUCUGGCGAUGGGAUCACAUUCCCAUUUAAACCAGAAUCCUGGAAGCCUUCUGAUACUGAGGGCAAGAAGCAGUAUGACAGGGAGUUUCUGCUGGACUUCCAGUUCAUGCCAGCCUGUAUACAGAAACCAGAGGGCCUGCCACCCAUCAGUGAUGUGGUUCUUGACAAGAUCAAUCAACCCAAAUUGCCAAUGCGAACUCUGGAUCCUAGGAUUUUACCACGGGGACCAGAUUUUACUCCAGCCUUUGCAGAUUUUGGAAGGCAGCCACCUGGUGGAAGAGGUGUGCCUUUGUUGAACGUUGGGCCACGGAGGUCUCAACCUGGACAGAGAAGGGAGCCCAGAAAGAUCAUCACCGUUUCUGUAAAAGAAGAUGUGCACUUAAAAAAGGCAGAGAAUGCCUGGAAACCCAGCCAGAAACGAGAUAGCCAUGCUGAGGAUCCUGAAAACAUCAAAACCCAGGAACUUUUUAGAAAAGUUCGAAGUAUCUUAAAUAAAUUGACACCACAGAUGUUCAACCAGCUGAUGAAGCAAGUGUCAGGACUAACUGUUGACACAGAGGAGCGGCUAAAAGGAGUCAUUGACCUGGUCUUUGAGAAGGCUAUUGAUGAACCCAGUUUCUCUGUGGCUUACGCAAACAUGUGUCGAUGUCUAGUAACGCUGAAAGUACCCAUGGCAGACAAGCCUGGCAACACAGUAAAUUUCCGGAAGCUGCUACUAAACCGCUGUCAGAAGGAGUUUGAAAAGGACAAAGCAGACGAUGAUGUCUUUGAGAAGAAGCAGAAAGAACUGGAAGCUGCCAGUGCUCCAGAAGAGAAGACGAGGCUUCAUGAUGAACUAGAAGAAGCCAAGGACAAAGCCCGACGGAGAUCUAUUGGUAACAUCAAAUUUAUUGGAGAACUGUUUAAACUCAAAAUGCUCACCGAAGCCAUCAUGCAUGACUGUGUGGUGAAACUGCUCAAGAACCAUGAUGAAGAAUCCCUGGAGUGCCUGUGCCGCCUACUCACCACUAUCGGCAAAGACCUAGACUUUGAGAAAGCGAAGCCGCGUAUGGACCAGUACUUUAAUCAGAUGGAGAAAAUUGUAAAAGAAAGAAAAACCUCAUCUAGGAUUCGAUUCAUGCUGCAAGAUGUGAUAGACCUACGGCUGUGUAAUUGGGUAUCUCGAAGAGCAGAUCAAGGACCUAAAACUAUUGAACAGAUUCACAAAGAGGCCAAAAUAGAAGAACAAGAAGAGCAGAGGAAGGUCCAACAGCUCAUGACCAAAGAAAAGAGAAGACCAGGUGUUCAGAGAGUGGAUGAAGGUGGGUGGAACACGGUACAAGGGGCCAAGAACAGUCGAGUACUUGACCCCUCAAAAUUCCUGAAAAUUACUAAGCCCACAAUUGAUGAGAAAAUUCAGCUGGUACCUAAGGCUCAGCUGGGCAGCUGGGGAAAAGGCAGCAGCGGUGGAGCAAAGGCAAGCGAGACAGAUGCCUUACGGUCAAGUGCUUCCAGUUUAAACAGAUUCUCUGCUCUGCAACCUGCAGCCCCAUCAGGGUCCACGUCAAACACAUCUUUAGAGUUUGAUUCCCGAAGGGCUUUAACCAGUCGUGGAAGCAUGGGCAGGGAGAAGAAUGAUAAGCCCCUGCCACCUGCAGCAGCUCGUCCAAACACAUUCAUGAGGGGCGGCAGCAGUAAAGACCUGUUAGACAAUCAGUCUCAGGAAGAGCAGCGGAGGGAGAUGCUGGAGACCGUGAAGCAGCUAACAGGAGGCGUGGACCUGGAGAGAAACAGCACCGAGGCCGACCGAAACAGAACCAGGGAGUCAGUGAAACUAGAAAUGUCAACAGUGUCAACCCCUGACAGGCCUGUAUUGUCAGAAGAGGAGAUGGAGAGAAAGUCCAAAUCUAUCAUUGAUGAAUUUCUACACAUUAAUGAUUUUAAGGAAGCCAUGCAGUGUGUGGAAGAGCUGAGCGCCCAGGGCCUGCUACAUGUUUUCGUGAGAACGGGAGUGGAGUCCACCCUCGAGAGAAGCCAGAUCACCAGGGAUCACAUGGGCCAAUUGCUUUAUCAGCUGGUACAGUCAGAAAAACUCAGCAAACAGGACUUUUUCAAAGGUUUUUUAGAAACCUUGGAAUUGGCAGAUGACAUGGCCAUUGAUAUUCCCCAUAUUUGGUUAUACCUUGCUGAACUGGUGACCCCCAUGUUAAAAGAAGGUGGAAUCUCUAUGAGAGAAGUUAUCAUAGAAUUUAGCAAACCUUUACUUCCUGUUGGAAGAGCUGGGGUCUUGCUUUCUGAAAUAUUGCACCUUCUAUGCAAACAAAUGAGCCAUAAGAAAGUGGGCGCCUUAUGGAGGGAGGCUGAUCUCAGCUGGAAGGACUUUUUACCUGAAGGGGAAGAUGUACAUAAUUUUCUCUUGGAGCAGGCUAAUCUAGAUGAAAACCAGAUGAGUUCACCUACAUUCCUUAGAGCUUUAAUGACAGCCGUUUGUAAAGCAGCUAUUAUAGCUGACUGUUCUACCUUCAGAGUGGACACUGCUGUUAUCAAGCAGAGAGUGCCGAUUUUACUCAAGUACCUAGACUCAGAUACAGAGAAGGAACUGCAAGCACUUUAUGCACUACAAGCAUCAAUAGUAAAACUUGAUCAACCUGCCAAUUUGCUACGAAUGUUUUUUGAUUGCCUGUAUGACGAGGAGGUGAUCUCCGAGGAUGCCUUCUACAAAUGGGAGAGCAGCAAGGACCCUGCAGAGCAGAAUGGGAAGGGCGUGGCCCUGAAAUCUGUCACUGCGUUUUUCACAUGGCUGCGGGAAGCAGAAGAGGAGUCUGAGGAUAACUAAAACUUCAAAUACACAAAACGAAACAAAAGAAACAAUUUAAGUAUUUUUUUAAAAAGUUUCACGUCUUCGCCAAUCACAGUGCAGCAAGGCCAAUUCUCGCAGAAAUCCCCACGUGUGCACGAGUGGGAGAGGGGAAAGAGAACAAAGGUGAUCAUGGAGGAAAAAGGUACUGGAAACAAGUAAACUUCCAACCUGAGGGCGGGAGCACUAAAACCAAAAUACAUGUAUUAUUUAUAGAAAAUAUUUUCUGUUUUAAUCUUUUCUUUUUAAACAAGGACUCAUACUUAAAAACACAUUUAGCAAAAAAAAAAAAAAAAAAAAAAAAGUUGAGAACUUUUAAUUUAUUUUAAGGACUGCAAAUGCCAGUGUGUAAUUUUUUAAUUUGCAGUUUCUGUAAACAACUUGUAUAAUAGAAAAGCAGAGAAAUAAAUGUCCCUUCCCUUCAUAUGCACCUCACGUUUGUUUUAAGGCAUAGUAGUUAGUCCAGAUUUGAGAAGGUUUGGGGUGAACAAGGUAAGAAAGAUAUCUCUCUCUCUUUCUCUUUCUCUUUUUUCUUCUUUUUUCUUUUCUUUUCUUUUUUUUUUUUUUUUUUUUUUUCCGGGCAUCAAAUCUUUCUGCCUGCCUCUCAGCUUGCUUCAGAAAAUUUAAAAAAAAAAAAAAAAAAUCACAAUAGUAA